GUAGGUUCCCGUGAUCAACUUUCAAGAAGUUUAUCAAUACACAUAAAUCGUCAUAGGCUACAAACGGGCAUAGUAAACCUGCUUGUAUACAUGUACGUGACAGGUCACUCGUCUAGCCGCCAUGAUCAAAUAUUCGACUCCAGACUGUCCUGUUGUAGAGAUGUGGGACAAAUCGCGUAAUUUCUGCUAGAGGAUGGACUCGUUUGACCAGGGUGUAAAUUCAAGCGCAAAAAGGAACUUAGCUACAACGACAUGAAACUGUAAGUAGAUAAUAUCCUUCAUAGCGACAGGAUUUUAAAAUGGCAUGGGGAAAAGCACCACAAAUGUUCACUGGCGAUCAGUUGACAUCGUUACUCACUGAAUCGGAGACAUGCGCAGAUGUCCUGGAUUUCCUAGUUACCAAAGAGAGACAGCAGACAGAGUUGACCUUGAGUCGGCCCGGACUAGCACCUGAUUACGUAACACAAAUGGUGUUAGUCCUGCUAAAGGCCUCACAGUGCAAGACGAAUGAAGUAGGCGUCAUAGAUCUCCUCACCAUCCUGGUUGGUUCAAAGUUCUUCAUGUGCGAGCUGGUAGCUACGUCAUCAACGUUUACAUGCCAUACUGAAGGAGAAGACGCUCUCAGAUUUAUUGAUAAUUUAGUUGAAAUACUUCAACAAGUGCAUCGGCUGCUUCCGAACUUGUUCAACAACGCUUUUUCUCUGAUUAUCAUCUUAAAGAAAAAAACAGAAGACAUACUUAUGACAUCUACAGAAGAACAACGACAACGUGUUGUAAAAUUGUCAGAAAAGCUAUCAGAAAUGAGAGACAAUGUCAUGAAGGUAUUAGUGUCGUGUCCUCAAGACGAUCCUCGGUUUCCGUUUGAGAGACAAGCCCCACCAGACGACUUCCGUAACAUCCCAAUACUACCCAGAGUUGUCGAUAUCUUUUUAAGAUCUCGCGGUUCAUUUCUACGUAAAAAUAAAUCACGUGGUGGCUACAACGACCUGAAUCAUUACUUGGACGUCCAGUUCCGCCUAUUAAGAGAAGACUGCAUCUGUCCCUUACGCGAAGGAAUUACCCAGUACGUGCAAGAGACGAGCACUGGAUGCCAUGUUCGCCGACUUCAGAACGGCAGACUUUACAGGAAUGUAACGGUAAAGAAACAUGGCCACUACUUGGAAGAGAAACUAUUCGAAGUUACACUUGAUAGUCAACAUGCCCAGAAAAUUAAUUGGAAGUCUUCCAAAAGACUUUUGCACGGAUCGCUUCUUUGUUUCUCGGCCGACAAUUUCCAUACAAUGGAAUUUGCUGUAGUUGAAAGCCCGGACAGACAAAUGCUCGCUGAAUCAUACAUUUUUCCUGCUAUUUUCCCCACUUUUGCCGAAAUUGAACUCAGUACUAAAUAUACAAUGGUUGAAUCUUCUGCUUUCUUCGAAAGUUACCGGCACGUUCUAGAAGGUCUGCAGAACAUAGAAAAGCUCCCGUUAGAACAAUACAUCGUUGAUUGUAAAAACAGCAUAAAUCCACCUAGGUACCUACAAAAUGAUUCGUCAGAAUAUGACUUGGAGCCAAUUGCUUCUGACCGACUCCUGACAACAGCAUUGGAUACUAAAAGGAAAACAGAGAAUAAUCUCCAAGUUAGACUACAUGACCCUAUGAGCCAGUGGCCAAGGGCUGAUGUUCUCCACCUCGACCAGUCCCAGUACGUAGCUUACCAUGCUGCCCUAACGCAGGAGUUUGUUCUUAUACAAGGUCCACCAGGCACUGGAAAAACACAUGUUGGCAUCCAGAUUGUAAAAACUCUCCUGCAUAACAAAAACGUAUGGAGUCAGCCUUCCAAAACAGAGGAGGCAGGUUUAUUAACUACUAGACCACUGGGGAAAAACUCAGAUCAAAAGAAUAACCAAUUGCUUGUAGUUUGUUUCACAAACCAUGCCCUCGAUCAAUUCCUUGAAGGAAUUGUUGGUUGUUUUGAAGGCGAAAACAGGGCGCUCUUGCAAAAUGAAAUUGUGCGAGUAGGCAGUCAAUGUAAAAAUCUUACAAUCGAGCCUUUCAACCUGAAGAAUCACAAAAAAGACUUUCACUGUGACUACACUAAACUUGAAAAGCUGAGAAAGACUGCAACCGCGCUACACACUCAACUGUUAACGAUCCAUAUCAGCUUACGAAACCUGCAAACCACAAUACUGGAAUUCGAGAUACUUAGGCCUGUCAUGUCGCAAAGGCACGCGGAUGCAUUCGCCUGUGAUACACCCCAUGCAUCAUCUCAAAAACUUUACCAGUGGCUUAAGGCAGGAAAAGGCCCAUGGAUAAAAAAGGCCAGUCAAGCAUACAAGAAAUCACUUAAAACAACAAAACAACCAAAGCAUGACCACGCCAAUCGACAAAAUGCAGUUAAUCAGGAUUUCAUAGACACAGAAGCCGAUAAAGCUGAAGAAGAGAUCCGUAUCGACGACGACGACCUUCAUUUAGCAACCCGUUUGAAGAUUGGGCUUGAUAUCAAGGAGGAAAUUCAAAAUAUCCUGAAACCGAAACAUGAGUAUAUGCCACAAAUAGAUGACGCAUUGAAAUCGUUUUUGAAGCAGGAAGCAGACAUCACAUUGUCGAAAUUGUGUUCUGUGAAUAUGAUGAGAGCAAUGGAAGUCAAAUCACUCCGUGGUAGUCUGAACAAGCUCAAGCUAGAAAGACGAUGGAGGCUGUAUCGUUUCUGGGUUGACACAUACAAGAAAAUGCAACUUGAAAAAAUGCCGCACGUAGAAAAAGAACACUUGCAAAUUAUGAAAGAUUACAAAAAAGAGAAAAAGGAAUCAGAUGCGAGAAUUUUCAAAAAAUCAACAGUCAUUGCCAUGACGACAACAGGUGCCGCACGUUAUCAUGACAUUCUCCAAGAAAUUGGUCCAAAAAUCGUAAUUGUAGAAGAGGCUGCGGAAGUGUUAGAGGCCCACAUUGUUACCGCUCUCAGUCCAAAGUGUGAACACCUCAUUCUGAUAGGGGAUCAUAAACAACUAGAGCCGAAACCUUCAGUCAUGCAACUGGCCAUGAAAUACAACCUGUCUCUUUCAAUGUUUGAACGCAUGUUGAACAACGGAAUUGAAAACCAUUGUCUACACCGGCAACAUAGAAUGCGACCAGAGAUAUCAACACUUGUUCGGGAUAUAUACCCUGUUUUGGAGGAUAAUGAAAAUGUUCUGGAUUAUGAGCAUAUCAAGGGAGUGAAAAAAGACGUCUUCUUCAUAAAUCACAACCGUCCUGAGGAUUACACAGAUGACAUUAAAAGCUAUUCAAACAUGCACGAGGCACAGUUUAUCUCUGAGCUGUGCAGAUAUUUGCUGAAGCAAGGUUACGAGGGCACUCAGAUUACAGUGUUGGCUGCCUACACUGGUCAGAUGUUUUCUAUUCGUCAUUGCAUGCCAAAAGAGGAAUUCAAGGGCGUCAAAACUGUUGCCAUAGACAACUUUCAGGGAGAGGAAAACGAUAUAAUUCUGCUGUCACUCGUCCGAAGCAAUAAAGAAGGAAAGAUUGGGUUUCUCUCCAGGUCGAACAGGAUAUGUGUCGCUCUCUCCCGAGCCAAGAAAGGACUGUAUGUCAUUGGAAACUUUGACAUGUUUGUUGCGCGCAGUUCACAAUGGUCACAUAUUGUGAGCAAAGUCAAACAAGCAGAGCAGUUCGGUGAUUCCCUGCCUCUUUUUUGCCAAAACCACCCACAUGAAGACGGUGUACAGGUGACAGCAUCUGCAGACUUUGCCAGAGCACCUGAUGGCGGAUGUCAGAUACCGUGUGGAUUCAUACUACCGUGUGGUCAUUCAUGUCGUCUGGCUUGCCAUCCAAUGGACAGACAACAUACCGCAUAUGAAUGCAAAACAGUAUGUUCUGAGACUUGCCCUAAUGGUCAUCCUUGUAAUAAACCAUGUCAUCUCGGGAAGGUAUGCAACUGUCAAAAAUUGAUGAAGAAACCUCUUCCUUGCGGACAUGUCACAACUGUGCGGUGUUGUGAAUUUUCGGAAGUUUGUGUUUGUUCUGUCUUUGUGAAUAAAGUUCUCCCCUGUGGUCACCAAGCUGAAAUGAAGUGCCAUGCGGAUCCAGCUAGGAACUCUUGUGAAGUUUUAGUCACAAAAAUACUCGUGGACUGCGGACACACUGCAGAAUUGCCCUGUUCGAACGUAAACUUCGACUUUAAAUGUCAACAGAAAGUGUCACUUGUUCGUGGGGAAUGUGGACACCGUUAUCAAAUUGCCUGUCACGAAGAUUCAAAAACAUAUCAAAGCGAAAACUUAUGUCAGGAACUCGUAACAAAAACAUUCCUGUGCAUGCAUGUUGAGGAAGUGAUGUGUUGUGGUUCUCAAUAUGCUAACUGUAUAAAGCCCUGCACCUUCCAAUGUCAUCAUGGGCACUCUUGCGGCAAACUGUGUCACUUUCAAACUCCCUGUAAGUGUGAAUUUCUAGUUGAGAAGACAUUGCCGAAAUGUGGUCAUCAAUUGCUGAUAGAAUGCCACUCAGAAGACGACCCGGCGUGGUUGCAAGUACCCUGUGAAGAAAUUGUUUCUAAAGUAAUCCCUCUCUGUGGUCAUUCACAAAACAUGAAAUGCAAAGAAUCCCCUCAGACGCAACAAUGUCAGGAAAUUGUUCUCAAAAAACACCCUCUGUGUGGUCACAUGGUUGCGAUGAUGUGCUCAUUGACCCCCUCACGCUCCAUGCAAUGCAAAACUAUCGUGCACAAGACACUCGUCUGUGGACACAAACAAAAUCAGGAGUGUUCAGCAAGCAACGUUACGUGUACUGUGAAUGUAUUAAAGACCAUUCCAUGCGGCCAUCAACAGCUUGUCCCUUGCAACAAAAUGGACGCCCCAGUAACUUGCAUGAAGAGGAUAACAAAGAAGUUUCAGAAAUGUGGACAUGUAACAGAAAUGUUCUGUUGGGCAUCAGCACUAUAUCUGCAUUGUCUCCAGACAAUUACUUUAACAAAAUGUGGACAUCAAAAGACGGUUUCUUGUGAGAAAAACAUGCAUGGAGUUGAAAUGGAAAAAGCUGAAAGAUUAUACAAAUGUAAGUUGACAUGUUUUACCGAAGUGACAUUGCAUUUUGCGUGUGGCCAUUCUGAAACGACUCAGUGUCAUUUGUCCGAGACUGUGCGACAAUGUUCAAAAGGAUGCUGUCCUCACAUCUUAUCAUGUGGACAUCCCUGUACUGGAAAAGACGACGACU